AUGGAACACGUCCCAAACCUUUCAUCCUUCUUCCGCCUUCCUCCGGCGCUCCACAUCAGCACCGCCUGCGAAACGACAACGCCUUCCCACUACCGCCUCUCAACCCUCAACUACCAAGGCAUCUAUUCCGCCUACCUCAGCUCCAACGCCAGACGAUGCACGUUUCCGACGGCAGUGUGUGUCAACAACGUGCUUGUGAACGCCGGCACGAAUGCGGUUUCGACUGUCAUCAUCGCGCAUGUUCGAGUGUACCCAUUCCGUCCUUGGAGUCUGCUUGGACUACAUCAACGGCAGAACGCACCGUUUGCGAGUGUUGCAGCAGCUGGACUCGCGGCUGCAGAAUUUGGGGUGGAGCGAUAUCUCACUGCAGCAGCUCGACUCGCGGCUGCAGGAUUUGGGGUGGAGCGAUAUACUCUGUUUUGUCGAAAUGGGUUGUUCGAGACCCAGGUGAUGUGGCUGUUGUGUGCCAUGGGGCACAUGACGAUUUUGGAAAUUCCAUUGGCGGAAUUUGUGGACUGGAGCUACGACGCGCCGCGGGUCGUACGGUACCAAAACGAAACGAUGUUUGAAUACAUCAUUGUGUUUGUCUUGGUGUUGUUGAAACGAGAGCGAGGUGGGCAGCGGCAGCUGGGCCUUUGGCCUGCGAGCGGGCGGGUGCCCGUCGAAAUUGUCUCCGGCUCGCAGUCCGCGUUCGAAUGCGGUGCGCUCUUGAGAUGGCCCGUCUUGGACCAAGUACUGGCAGCCUCCAGGCGCCUAACGUGCGCCAAGCACUGCCGGGGUGUGCGAUGGGGUCGAUACCGGCUCCGGCGGCAGAGUCGACUCACGUGUCGAAGCGUGUUGAGGGGCUUGAGUGCCGCAGUCCAUGGUAUGUGGACCCGAGGGGAGGCGGCCGGGCUGCCGGACGCGGGGUACUGUGGGACUUCGAGAGUCGCGCCGGUGAAGUGGGAAUGGAAGCAAGAGCCAGUGUCAUCGGCCGAGGAUGGGCAAGUGACAGAGGAGUCCGAGGAGGACUUCGGGAAUGAGCCGCGCGGAGUCCAAGUGACCGCCUUCCGUCGUUGCACCGUUGUCGGGCUGACAACUUUCUUGACGGCAAAGGGGCCGUGUCAUGCGCUUCGCAGCUUGAUGUUGUGUUGA